CCGGCCCCCAUCGGGCUCCGACACGGACGACAUCCUGCAGAUCAUGGCCAUCACCGACCAGAGCCUGGACGAGGCGCAGGCCAGAAAGCAUGCUCUGAAUCGUCAUCAGAUGAAGCCUGCUCUCUUCAGUGUGCUCUGCGAGAUCAAGGAAAAGACAGGGUUGAACAUUUGUGGCAUUCUGGAAGAGGGUCCCCCCGACGCUCAGCUCCUAAAGCUGGAUGACAUGCUGCUGGCCGAGGGCGUGUGCAGGCCGGAGAAGCAACGAAGAGGAGCACAGGUGGCAGCCGACACAGCAACACCAGGUGGCUGUCCAAAUGACAAUGGCCUUGAGCACUCUGGCUACAGGGCCAAGCGGUCCCAGAUCCGACAGAUUUACCACUCUGAGCUAGAGAAAUAUGAACAGGCCUGCCGUGAGUUCAGCACGCAUGUCGCCAGCCUCCUCCGGGAGCAGAGCAGGAUAAGGCCUGUCUCGCCCAAGGAGAUCGAGCACGUGGCGGGCGUCCUCCACGGCAAGUUCAACAGCGUCCAGAUGCAGCUGAAGCAGAGCACCCGCGAGGCCGUGAUGGCCCUGCGCUCGAGGUUCCUCGAUGCCAGGCGUAGGCGGCAGAAUUUCAGCAAGCAAGCCACGGAAGUGCUGAAUGAAUAUUUUUAUUCCCAUUUGAGCAACCCUUACCCCAGUGAAGAAGGCAAAGCAGAGCCGGCCAGGAAGGGUGGCGUCACGGUGUCCCAGGUCUCCAACUGGUUCGGCAACAAAAGAAUCCGGUAUAAAAAGAGCAUGGGGAAGUUUCAAGAAGAGGCCACCGUUUACACAGGUAAGGUGGCAGAGGACACCACCGACGUCAGGGGCCCGGGAGCCAGGGUGGGAGCAUUGGUCCUGACCCCUCCCGCCCCUCCCGGUUCCUCUGGUCCCUUUCCGAUGACCAGCACCAGCGACACACGUAUCACCCUGCAGACGCUGGCCUCCCUCCCGCCCGCCCCUGGGGAAGGCAGCCUUCUGGGCCGGGCCAGGGGCGGCUGGCAGGUGAGGCGAAUGUCGACCGCUUCACCUGUUGGAGACCCCGGCAGUGUCACCUCAGACGCAUCUAGUUAAGCGUUGGGCUGAGCAGAAAAGAGGACGGUGUGACCUGUCUUGGUUCCCUGGAAUUCACGUUUCCUCAGAAAACCCAGAACUGACAGCAGACAGCGCUCCCUGAGCCGACGGCAGGCGACACCGGUACCCUCUUUUGCUUGUCAUCCGGGGUUUGAGAUGGGCGGAGACACUGCUCGUUCUGCCAGCUCGGUUUGGGUUUUUUUUAUAGUAAUUUUAUGGUUAAGGCUGAAUUGUUUCUCCAGGACUUGGCACAAAUUCUCCCAGUACAAUUUUGGACUGAUUUUAAUUUCGAUGUCGUUCACUCCCAGAUUUGUUCCUGCCGAUGGCUUGACCACGCAGGUGCAGGGCUGCAGCUGCGCAGUUGGGCGGGUUGUGACUGUUUGCUCGUUUGUCCGUCCGUGCGCCAACUCGCCCAGACACUGCCUUCC